AUGGCCUCACAGAAACCCCGGGUCAUCCUAGGUCUAAUGACCUUCGGCCCAGACCCCUCAACCGGCGCCCGCGUCACCUCCCCCUCCGACUUCGCCGCCGUCCUCGACCUGCUCCAGCAGCGCGGUUACAACGAGGUGGACACCGCGCGCAUGUAUGUUGGGCAGAAGCAAGAGGCUUGGACGCGCGACCAUGGAAAGUGGAAGGAGCGCGGACUGAAGCUGGCAACGAAGGUGAUUUAUCCGCAUGAGAAAGGGAGUAAUUCGUAUGAGGGGGUUGUGAAGAGUGUGGGGGAGAGCUUAGAGGCUUUGGGGACGGACAGAGUUGAUAUCCUUUACCUCCACGCGGCGGACCGCGCAACCCCGUUCGCCGAAACGCUCCGCGCUAUCAACGACUUAUACUCCCAAGGAAAAUUCACGACCUUCGGCCUCUCUAACUUCACCUCCUUCGAGGUUGCCGAGAUCGUGCUCACCUGCCACCAAAACAACUGGGUGCGCCCUACGCUCUACCAGGGCAUGUACAACGCUAUCACGCGUAGCCUUGAGACCGAGCUGAUCCCCGCCUGCCGACGGUACGGCCUCGAUAUUGUUGUCUACAACCCCCUUGCUGGCGGUUUGUUCUCAGGGAAGAUUAAAAGCAAGGAUCUGGUUCCUGAGGAGGGGAGGUACAGCGACACGGCUCGAUCGGGUAAACUUUAUAGGGACAGAUACUUCCGCGACAGUACAUUUCACGCUCUCAAGAUAGUGGAGGAGGCGGCCGAGAAGGCGGGGUUGACGCUGAUUGAGACGGCGCUGAGGUGGUUGGUGCAUCACUCAAAGCUGAGAGUCAAGGACGGUAAUGAUGGGGUGAUUGUGGGCGUAUCGAGGCUGGAGCAGUUGGGGGAGAAUUUGGAUGCGCUGGAGAGGGGCCCGUUGCCGGAUGAUGUGGUGAGGGCAUUGGAUGAGGCGUGGAGGGUGAGUAAGGGGGAUACGACGAAUUAUUGGCAUGGGACGGUGGAGUAUGGGUAUGACACCGUUAAGGUGCUUUUUGGGAAGGGGGCUUAA